CUUCUUUUAUAUAUAAAAUUUAAAAUUCCAGUUAGGGGUUUAUCGCAGCCUAACGAAUAUAUUGUCGCCACGAGACUGAGGAAGACUGUAAUUCGGUAUUGAGAAAUCCGUCUUACCAUCAAUGGCAGAUCACUCUAAGCCGCCGGUAUCAGAACUCGCUGCCACAACCCUAAACAACGACGCCGGAUCGUUGAAGGCACGGUUCUCCGACCGCGUGCCUAUCAGAUCAGUUGUCUGCCGACCCGACGGUGGUGCGGGGCUCGCUGAACAACGGGUCCGGAUCGGUGGAUGGGUCAAGACUGGCAGAGAGCAAGGGAAGAACACGUUCGCGUUCCUUGAACUGAACGACGGGUCGUGCGCUGCGAAUUUACAGGUCAUCGUGGAAGCCGCCGUGGCGGAUCUGGGGCAGCUGGUGCCGACCGGCACGUGUGCUGUUCUUGAGGGCGUGCUUAAGCUCCCACCGGAGGGUACCAAGCAGAAGGUGGAGCUCCGGGUAGAGCAGGUCAUCCACGUCGGCCCCGUGGAUCCGUCCAAGUAUCCUAUCCCUAAGACGAAGCUUACACUCGAGUUUUUGAGGGAACACAUUCACCUUCGAUCCAGAACUAACACGAUUUCUGCGGUCGCAAGAAUUCGAAAUGAACUUUCUUUUGCUACCCACUCGUUCUUUCAAGAGCACGGGUUCCUUUAUGUCCACACUCCAAUUAUAACCACCAGCGAUUGCGAGGGUGCUGGUGAGAUGUUUCAAGUUACAACCUUGAUCAGUGAGGCGGAAAAGCUAGAGAGGGAGCUAAUUGCAAAUCCUCCACCAUCAAAAGCUGACGUAGAAGCUGCUAGGCUUAUUGAAAGAGAGAAAGGAGAAGCGGUUGCCCAACUAAAAGCGUCUAAAGCAAGUAAGCAAGACAUUAAUUCUGCUGUGGCUGAACUGAAAAGAGAAAGAGAGAACGUUUCAAAACUGGAGGAGAGAUUAAACCUUAAACCGGGUAUUCCUCAAAAAGAUGGAAAGAUAGACUAUGGUCAAGACUUUUUUUCCCGUCAAGCAUUUUUGACUGUUUCUGGCCAACUACAAGUUGAAACUUAUGCAUGCGCAUUAAGCAGUGUCUACACAUUUGGUCCAACUUUUCGUGCUGAACACUCUCACACUUCAAGGCAUUUGGCUGAAUUCUGGAUGGUGGAGCCAGAAAUAGCUUUUGCGGAUCUUAAGGAUGAUAUGAACUGUGCAGAGGCAUAUGUGAAAUAUCUUUGCCAGUGGUUACUUGACAAGUGUCUCGAUGACAUGGAAUUUAUGGCUAAGCAUAUUGAUAAAAGUUGUAUUGAUCGUCUAAGAUUGGUUGCUUCUACACCUUUUGUACGUAUAACAUAUACGGAAGCAGUGGAAUUACUACAGCAGGCUGUGAAGGAUGGAAAGAAGUUCGAUAACAAUGUAGAAUGGGGAAUUGAUCUAGCGUCUGAACAUGAAAGAUACUUGACGGAGGUUAAAUUUCAGAAACCUGUUAUUGUGUACAAUUAUCCAAAAGGGAUCAAAGCAUUCUACAUGAGACUUAAUGAUGAUUCGAAGACGGUGGCUGCUAUGGAUGUCCUUGUACCGAAGGUAGGAGAGUUAAUUGGUGGAAGCCAAAGGGAGGAGCGUUACGAAAAUAUCAAGGAAAGAAUCUUGGAGAUGGGACUGCCUCUUGAGCCCUAUGAAUGGUACCUCGACCUGCGACGCUAUGGAACUGUAAAGCACAGUGGAUUUGGCUUAGGGUUUGAACGGAUGAUUCUGUUUGCCACCGGCAUCGACAAUAUUAGAGAUGUUAUUCCUUUCCCCAGAUACCCUGGGAGAGCAGAUCUGUGAAUGUUAACUUACGUAGAGAUGAUUAAUAUUUUGCCUACAGAAUUGAACAGGGCUUGUUCUCCCAUUGUAAUCUGUUUGAAACUGCAUGGCCACUUAUUAUGGAUUUAGUUCAAAUAGAAGUUACACUAUUGAAACGA